UAACUAACUUCGUGAUUGAACUCAGGCACUAGCAAACAGUGCAAGAGGGAAGUCUUGUUGGAUUCCAACUUGGAAGGAUUUGCAAGGCAGGCACAGGUCUCGUUCAAUGAGACCCUGAUGCCUUGUGGUCCCUGAUUUAUUCUACGUCGAUGCUGGCUAGACCAAGACUCUCAUUUCCGAAUUCGCCUCACGACCCUGAAGCCUCCUUCCUCUUCUCAGCUCAGCAAUAUGAAGUUCUCGACCGUGUUCACCGCCGCCUUUGUCGCCACUGCGUGCCUGUUCCAGUCGACGACCGCCGAAGACCAGGCUGCCGUCCACCUUCGUGUCCACACCGUCGAGCAGAACGCCAACGGCGCUAUCUGCUACCAAGCCUGCGCCUCGGGUCAGUAUUGCCCCCGUGGCGAGACCGCUUGCCGUGCACCGACUGGCAGCCAGUGCUUCAACCCGGCCACCAGCCUCUUCAUCGACGCCUGCGACCCUGGCUUCAAGUGCGACAACGGCAAAUGUGUCUACGCUUAG